UAUUGCAGAGAAACAACAUGAGCAAUUAUUGGUUCCAUGAAAGAUGAACACCGAGCUUUGGAGUUGGCGAUUGAUGAGAUGCAAAAUGAGAUCAACCAGAAAGAAUCUGAAAUCAAAGAUUGGAAAAACAGCCGGCAAAUGCCACUGAAAAUCUGGUCAGUCAGUUCUAAUGACACGUUGAAUUAUCGACACAACGUAACUAGUAAGGUCAAAGAAAGAAGCCCAUGGGAAUAUCCCAAGAAGCCCAAGCAAACAAAUUCGAAAAUGAAAACGCUUCCUGUUUGCUAACAAUCGGGAAUGUUAGUAACUCGAAAGCCAGCUUGAAAAGCGAGAAAAAACCGACCUUUUUGUUGUUUGGUCAGCCAAUAUUCACCGAACAACAGCUUUCCGAUAGCAGUUCUGGAGACACAGUGGCCGACCAGUCUGAUGGUUCGGUGGUGGUUCAAAAUGGUCCAGUGGAGAGCUCAUCCGAUGAAGCUGGUCCAUGGUUUAAGGACCUAAGUUCCGAAUUCGGGCAUGAGACCGGGCAUUGCAAGGUUUUCAUGGAGUCCGAAGACGUGGGCCGGACUCUUGAUCUGGCUGCUUUUCAUACAUAUGGAGAGUUGCACCGAAAGCUAGCUGAUAUGUUCUGUGUCGAGAAAUCGGUAAUGCUCAUCAACUUGAUUUACCGCACCACAUCGGGUGCGGUUAAACACACCGGUGACGAACCCUUCAGUGAGUUCUCAAAGACAGCUCAAAGGCUAACAAUUGUGAUGGAUUCUGGUGGUGAAGUGUAAGAGUUAUUUUUAGUGACAGAUUAACAAGUUCUUGUAGUGUGUACGGUAGUCGCUAAUUCGGAUUCUUACGAAAUCUUGUUUUAGUUUCUGGUUGUCGUGGUAAAGUCCAUAUCAACCAAUUUUUGGACGGUUUUAGUUUAUGUUUUCUGUA